CAGAGCUGCACACACUGGUUACCAAGUAUCAGUACCUAACGUUGUUCGUGUAAUGAUUCGCCUGUUUCCAGAAUAUGGUGGGGAUGGUGCAUGAUGCUCUUGAGGAAGAGCAGCAUUUCAAACCUCAACUGGGAUCGAAGGAUCCCUACAACAAGGCUGUUGAAAAGCGAAUUGAAGAGGAGAUAAAGUUAACAAAAGAGAAUUCGUACUCAAAGAUA